UAUGUGGUGUAGCGCUUUAUUGAGUACUGUGUGAGUAUGGGAUUGCGAAACGCCAUGGCCUUGGCGAUCUUGCAAUACGAAUUUCAGUUAAGAAAAAGUGCUGCGCAACCGUUCAAGCUUCUUCGAAAGGCUUUGUUUGAGCGUCUCUUCAGCAGUCCGGUUAAUUAUACAACACUUUGCAAAUUCUUUGAGGGCAUUGUGAAUUACCGCGCGAUGUUUCCGUAGAGUUGCUGGCGAGCGUGGCGCACGCUGCGGCGGAACUGAGCGGUGGGUGGGACGCCCGAGUCGCUUCUACAGGUUGCCACUUCCUUUAUCGUCGCUGGCACGUUUGUGAGUCCGUGGCGAGCGGCGAGGGAUGCGGGCGGCAUUUUUGGUUCUGGUUUCCCCGUCUGGGUGGUUGUGGAGGGCGAGCGCCACAGAUAGGUUGACGAGCGGGCUAGGCAGUAGGUUGCUGGUUGCGUCCAGGACGACCGCGGGUUAGUGGGCAGCACAUAUCCACCUGGUCCAUGCCCGCGCCUCCUCCCCUUAUCUCACACACCGCUGCCACGCCGCCUCUGAUUACACUGCUCCCCGCCAUUCUGCUCCCCACAGCCGCCCUGACCUCACCUCACUCACGACACUGAGUCUCCACGUGACUCUCGUGCCGCCCGCGCCCCCACGCUCGCACUCCGCCCGUUUAAACCGCUCGCGGCAUCACCCUUGACAGUGCGGCCCGCAGUGACAUGUCCCCCUCCGUGUUCCACCUUAAUUGUGCCGGAUCGUCCACCUGACCUGUUAUUUUCGCGACUUAGAAAAGUUUUCGCCUCGCGCAAGUUGUGCAUGUUAACUACCUGUUGUAUCUUUGCAUUACGUGCGGAUAAGCUAAUUUGUGUUUGAGCAAUGAAGGUCACAUGGUUCACGUUGACAGUGGUGGCUCUCCUGCUGUUAUGGUUUCCCGGACCUCCAACGACUUCGGCGGCCAAUGUUCUUAUGUUGACUCCAAUCGGUUCCCGGUCAGUUCGACAGUUGUUCUCGACGUUGGCGCGGGGACUCGUGGACAGAGGACACCAUGUCACGAUCGUGUCCUGCGGUGAACCUGUGCCUCACCACCCUAACGUGACCCACGUGCUCACGCCUCACUCCGCCCUCGACCAGAUGGAUCUUUUCGAGGUGCGAGAGAGCGGGGCCGUUUUUAAGCUGUGGAUGAAGGCCUUUCCUGCCGUGGCUCGAGAGAUGUACACCGACAGGAAGGUUAUGGAACUGUGGCACCAUAGGACUGAUUUUGACGCCAUCAUAGUCAACAGUGCCGCUAACGAGAUGGCGUUCCCCUUCCUCCUCGACAUCAAGGUACCUUUCAUCACUCUGGCUCCCACCGGAACGGAGCCGCUACAACUGGCCUACCUCGGAAACUUCGUGUCGCCGGCUGCUCUGCCGUCAGUAGUUGUACAUUAUGACGACACACUCUCUCUAUGGGAGCGUCUCGUCAAUACCUUGGCGACGGUAGCUAUCAGGUAUUCUUUCCGGCGAACCGUCGGAUACCCCCUUGCGAAUGCCCUUCGAGAAUUCUUCCCUAAUCUUCCGGAUCCUUAUGAAAUCUACCCGAACCAGUCUCUCUCGCUGCUGAACCGCCACCACCUCCUCGACGGAGCGAUCCCUCUGCUGCCCAACCAAGUGGAGGUCGGGUGCAUGAACUGUCAGCCUGCCCGUCCGCUACCUGAGGAAGUCGCUGAGUGGCUCGAUGGCGCUGGCGAGGCGGGUGUCGUGUACUUCAGCCUGGGAUCCUUCCAGAAUGCGUCCAGGAUUCCGCAGAAGUAUCGCGAGGCUCUCUUCAAGGCCUUCGCGCGCCUCCCCCACCGCGUCCUGGUCAAGUUCAGCGACGACGGCUUCGAAUUCCCGCCCAACGUCCGGAGCUUCACGUGGCUCCCGCAGCAGGAUAUCCUCGAGACGGACCCUAAGGCCUCGGCUAUUGUGUGCGAAUUGCAGUCUUCACACCCUGCUUUGGCGCUUGAUCCCUCCCCCCGCUAG